AUGUUCGCCGGCAAGCGCCUGAGCAAGAUGAAAGACCACCUUCCGCCCGGGAUCACAAUCGUCAAGUCCGAAAACCUCGAGGAAUGGCAAAUGGACAUUAAAGUCCUCGAUUCCAAUCCGCUUUACCAGAACGAGACCUACCGGCUCAAAUUCACCUUUAGCAACAAAUACCCUAUCGAACCCCCCGAAGUCCAAUUCAUCGAAUGCCCACCCACCUCCGACCACCCCCGUCCGAUCCCCGUCCACCCACACAUCUACAGCAACGGCAUAAUAUGUCUCGAUCUCCUCAGCUCGGCAGGCUGGUCGCCCGUGCAGACGGUCGAGAGCGUCUGCAUGAGUAUUCAGAGCAUGUUGACGGCCAAUUCGCGCAAUGAGCGGCCUCCCGGUGAUAGUGAAUUUGUGUCGUAUAAUCGGAGGAGACCGAGGGAUAUUAAUUUCCAUUACGACGAUGAUAAUGUAUAG